AUGUCCACCGAACCUCCUCCCGAUGCUGUCCUUGUCAAACUCAAUGGACAAGUCCAGGAUCCUCGCGAGACCUACGCUAAAGACGCCAAGUAUACUGAUUUCAUUGUGAUUACUGUUUACAAUGUGCUCAGUAUCCCACAGGAGGAGGAGCUGGAGAAGCUUUCUGUCAAUAUACUCGAGGACCUCGGGAAAAACAACUUUCUCUGCGAGUACUGCCUAAGCGACCUCACGGUUCUUCGCAAGUUAGACUUUGUGAGACAAGUUGAUGUCUACCGCAACAAGGUCAAGAUUCCUGCAACACUCGAGGCAGCGUCUCUGGAGAUAGCAAACACCACAAUUGCCACUGCAAAUACAGCCAGUGUGUUGCAUGACCAAACCCAGUUAACUGUCGACAUAUUCACUCAUGAAACCGUCAAAGACGAGGAGUUUGAAGCACUGAAACUAGUCGUUGCGGAAGCAUCAGGAGUUCCAGUGAACAAAAUGGAAUUUGCUCCUGGCCAAGUACGGCUGUCUGUGGAACCUGACAAACUUGCGGACAUUGCAAAGGAUCCCAAGAUUCGUAUAAUCGAGGAGGUCUUAGAACCGGUAUUGAUGUCUUUUGAGAGUCCCAUCACGGGCUCCGGGGUCCAGGAAUCUAGUGUAACGAACAAGGCACUUUACGGAGGGAAAGGACAAAUCAUCACCGUCACGGACACUGGCUUUGACCGCGGAAGUCAAGAUGAAUGCCACCCAGCUUUCAUCGGCAAGGUUCAUUCGCUCCGAUCUGUGAUUCGUAAGGGAGAUCCCAAGCUCUCCGAACAGCAGAAGACCGACGAUCCUCAUGGCCAUGGAACGCAUGUCAGUGGAAUCCUUCUAGGAAGUCACUUCAAUACGACUAAAGGUCUCAUCGGCGGCAUUGCUCCGGAGGCCCGUCUGAUUGUUCAAUCCCUAUUCAAAGAUAUAAAUUAUCCAAUUGUAUUACCAAUAGAUCUGCGGGACAUACUUGCUGUUCCGUACGACCAAGGUUCUCGCAUUCUGUCAAAUUCUUGGGGCAGGGGACUCACCCAAGACCUCAAGCAGCCUGAGUACGGAGGAUCAUCCAAGCUCAUCGACGACUUCAUACGUGAAACCCCCGAAGUGCUCAUCUGCUUUUCUGCUGGAAAUGAUAAUCUCAAAGGUCAUGGACGGCCGGCAAUUGGUCUUGAUGCAGGAUCCAAGAACGUGCUCACUAUCGGAGCUACAGGCAACCGGAACUCACCUGAUCAAAUGUUCAACCAGAGCAGUCUUGGACCAACUAAGGAAGGACGCCUCAAACCUGAUGUUGUGGCCCCUGGUAUAGACAUCUACGCUCCAUUAUCUGGAGGAGUUCCUAAGUUCUACGGUGACACAGCGACAUCAGAGGAUGUUCCUGGUGUCAAAUGGAGGCCCUGGUCGGGAACGAGCCAGGCAACUCCUCUAGUUGCAGGGUGUGCGGCAAUACUUCGAGAAGUCUUGCAGGAGCGAGGCUGCCUGAAUCCGCCGGGUGCGCUUCUAAAGGCGCUUAUCAUCAAUGGUGCAGAAAAACUACCUAAGCUGGAUGUAAAUGCCCAAGGACACGGUCGAGUCAACCUCGAAGCCUCGACCACAAUGAUAGUCCGACCUCCGGCGCAGAGCAAGGAAACCACACCUGAUAUACCCCUUCCAAUAUCCGGGGGUAGUCUGAUCGGCGAUGCACUCAAACAGGACGAGACUUACGACUUUAUCCUCUCGGCCCCAGACAGCGCCGAGUCCCACUCCCACUUCAAAAUCACAUUGGUAUACAACGACAUUGGCAAUAAGCAAAUUCAGAAUAAUCUCAAUCUUUUCGUGACUGAUAUGAUCACGGACGAGGUUAUUCCAGGCAACAGCAGAUCGUUAACCGAACCUGACGAGCAGAACAACGUAGAACAAAUUAUUCUAGGCUACAUACCCAAAGGCGGUCUGAAAGUCAGUGUGCAUGCCCAAAAAAUCCUCGCCAAGAAGGAUCAAGAUUUUGUGCUCGCUUGGUCAGCCUUCACAUCUCUGCCAGGUGUGGUGUUCUAA